UUUGUUUUUGUUUUCUCAAGUUAUUUCCUAAACUUUCUGACCUCUUAGUCAGAGGUACUUUCUUAGGUUAGGUGCACCUUAUGUAUUUUGCUCAUAUGUCAGGUCCAUGACUAUUUUUCAUGACUUUUCUCCAGUGGCACUUACAUAGUUUAAAGGUGUAAUUGUAAGACUGUCUUACUCGACCACCAGUUUGGUAAGUAACUUUUUGCUGAUAGCUUCUUACACUGGAUUGUUCAUUAUAGUUCUCCAGCACAGGUACCCCAGAAAACCUUUCUCUCAAAGCAGACUUCAUCUAAUCAAAGUAACUCUUUCAGAGUUUGAUAGAACAACAGAGAUACUUCUUAGCAAUUCCAGUAACUUAAAAAAUGCCACAAAAAUACAUGAUUAAAAACCAAAACAAACAUGCUGAUUCCUGCAUUGAUUUAUUAAAACAGUUUUACGAAGUUACACUAACUUGUCUGCAUAGCAAAGGUCUUUUGAGUUCAACCUUAGCAUUUGUACUUGUGAUACUAAAAAUGUCUUUCACAAAAGGAGAUCCACACUGUGUAUGUCUUGUACUUUUUUGGUCAUACAAGUAUUUCUUGUUCAUAGUUUGUCUUAUAGAUGGACUCUUUUAAAGUAAAAAUUUUGACAUUCACUUCAAGUACUUUAUUGACCUAAGUAUUGCAAAGUUUCUAUUGCUUUUCUGAGAGUUUUGAGAUUGUAGCAAUUCUCUUUGUAUUUCUGUUUGCAAGCAUUUCAUAAGUUUAAACUUCCUUCAUUCUAAGAGGAAGAUCCAUCAAGGGUUGGUUACAAAAAUGGCUGGCAACAAGUCUUAACUUUAUAAAUUCUGUUCGAAAAUUAAAAAUAAUGUUAAACCAAAGCAGCAGUUUUAACUGGUUUUGUUAUCAAAUAUUGUGAAUUUGUUUAAGAAAUAGUUCCUACUUGUGGAAGAGUAACAAAUUUCAUUAUUGUCAAAAAAAAAGAAGAAAAGGAGUAUGGAAUUAAUUUAUACCUAAAGUACAGUUGCCUGUCAUAAAAAUAUGUCAAUGAAAUAUCAAACACUAGCAGGAAAAGGUGGAUUGUGGCUCUUAUUUUGUCUUUUUGGCCACUCUGUUGUCUAAUCUCUUUAUGUUACUGUUUUUGCUUUGCUAUUCUGGAAGUGAAUUGGGAAUAUGGAUGAAAACAGAUUAGCCAUUACAGUACCACAGUCUCCGACAAGGCAGUAUCAGAAUGAUUUGUUUUUCUUUGUGUCUCAAACCUCAGUGACCAGACCAAGACUUUGUGUCUGCUCUCUGAUUGGGCUAUUUUGUUAGCCAAGUACCUUCUGAAGAACUGGUAGGUGGUUUCUCUUUCAAACAGAGACUGUAGGUAGAAGAGCCUUAAUUAAUUCAAGACAGUUGAGCAGUGGAGCAGAACUGUUAUUCUUACAAGCUUACAAGUGGUUCUGAGACUUAACAGUUCUUACAAAUGUUCUACAUGUAUCUGGAGAUCUUCCAUGCUGAAAUAUGAAAAGGUGAGGUUUCUAAAAUCUACUACCCUUAACUUUUAAAAGUGAAGAUAAUUGUCUUAGUGCAGCAUAGCAAUUCUGGACUGUUUGUAAUUUCUUGAUAUUGCAGGUAAUUCAGAGUGGUGCUUCUACUGUUUUAUAUGUGUUCUUUUUUAAUGUGGGGGAAAGAAGAAAAGAGAAAAAGAACAUUUACUGUGGAUCCUUUUCGUGUGUUCACCCGUGGUAUGCAUUUAUUGCCUAACACGUCUGUUUGAAUAUAAAAUGAAAAUCAGCUGUUAAUUAGCUACUUUAGAUACUUUUCUGUGUAGAGCUGUGUUCUAUACUGAUUUAAUCAUAGUUAUAGCCACACAAUAAUUCUUCCAAAAGCUCAUUUAAUGGAUCCACUGUUAAGCAUAUUUGUAGAUUACUUGCUACACAGAGGCUUUCCAAGCAUGGUGUGGAAGAACUGGAUAUUUAAGAUUUCAAGAAACCAAGUUAAAUCUAAGUUAACUCCAAGAAGAAAUGUUGAGGGAUGGAGAUGGAAAAGAAUUAGGUAGCUAUAUACGCUUAGAAAGCACCUCAAGAUUUAAGCCAUUUGGCAAGGUCAGUUGGUUCUCAUGAAAAACAGUGAAGCUGCUGAGUUUACUCUUGAGGCUUCAGUAUGGCUAGCAGAAGAAAGGCUAGUGGUAUUACUUAGUAGUCACGCCAUGGUGUGUUUUCUGCAUUACCUGGAAAUGAAAUAAAGCUUAAAGAAAUAAUGGACUUGCAUGCUGGGAAGAUAUUUGUAUGGAUAAUAAAGUUCUGCAUUUUUUGUACUACAGCCGUCCAAACAUUUAGUAAAAGCACUUGGCAAAUGCUAAUGAAUUUGUUCCCACAACAGAAGCAAAGACAUGACAGCCAGCAUUUUUCAAAUUUAAGUGUCUAAAAUUAGGCACCAAAGUGUUUUUAGAACCCGUAAUAAAAGUGAUUGAAUUUUUACAACUGUGGAAUACUCACAGCUCUCUGCAAGUAGCUUCAUUACUCAUACAAACUAUAAGCAUUUGUGGAAGACACAUGAUUUUUCCCACCAGUGUGGGGAAAAAAAGCCUCAUCCUGUUAAUUUGCAAGCUCUCAUUCAUAUUCAGGGCAUUGAUAUUUAGUUCCUGGGUUCUGGUGCAGCAGCAGCUGAUAUUGUGUUGCUGGGGUUGAUGCUCAGAGUUUUGAAAGUGAUUCAGUGGAAGUUUUGCAGGUGAUCUCUGAGGGUUGGACCAUUACUGGUUAACUGGUAAGUAAUUCUGUAUAUGGUUAUUUACAUCAUAUCAGUUUUCAGCCCUAGAGUCCACAAAAAGAAGAACAACAAUGAAGUCAAGCAUGUCUUUGGUCAACAAAAAGAUACAACAGAGACGAACCACAGACUUGCUGAAUUGCAAUGACACCAGAUAAGCAAGGAUGAAAUUAGAAAAUAGCUUAAAUUCUCAUUAGAUAUGUACACAGGAUUGAGAAAAAAAUUCAGAAAAAAUUGUCCAUAAUGCUAGCAAGCAAAACACUUCUUGGGGGGAGGGAGGAAGGGAGGGAGGGAGGAAAGCAAGAGAGAACUUCAAAUCAGCCAUCCUGACCUCCACAGAUAAGAAUCAGGUUGCUUAAAGAAGAACUUGCAUUUUAAAAUACGAGCUUGAAGAAAACCCAUCUUUCUGAAACAGUUACUCUUCCAGAAUUAUAUGGUUUAAAAUAUCUUAAGAAAAUUAGAUUUAUCUAGCAUCAAAAGCUUUUACUUUUUUCCUGUCCUGAGACAAUUUUGGUUUUGAUGUUUAUUGGAUUUUUGACCCAUCUUGUUUUAACUCCUUGUGAAUCCCAACUUUUUGGAUAACUCUGCCAAAUACAGCUUUCUUCCCAGGCUGAACUGACGGGGAUACACAACAUGCACAACAGCACUGCCGGAACUCUGCAUGUGGUUGCAGUGUGUAAUGAGACUCUGCCCACCCAGUCACCGAGCUCUGAGUUUUCCCUGGGCGUGUUGGUGCUGCUGGCUUUCCUCAUGGUGUUGCUAUGUCUGGUCACCAUCCUUGGAAACAUCCUGGUGAUCCUUGCUUUCAUCCUGGACAGAAACCUCAGGCAUCGGAGUAACUAUUUCUUUCUCAAUCUUGCUGUUUCUGACUUUGCAGUGGGUGUGUUCUGCAUACCUCUCUACAUCCCGUACAGCCUGAUGGGAAAAUGGCACUUGGGAAGAGGCAUCUGCAAGCUCUGGCUAGUUAUGGAUUAUCUCCUGUGUACAGCUUCAGUAUUUAACAUCGUUCUUAUCAGUUAUGACCGUUUCCUGUCAGUUACUCGAGCCGUAUCUUACAGAGCUCAGCAGGGAAUAACCUCCAACCCUACCAUCAAGAUGGUGGCCAUAUGGGUCUUAGCCUUUCUCCUCUAUUGUCCAGCAAUCCUCUUUUGGGAGCACGUGGUUGGACACAGCACAGUAGCGGCAGAUCAGUGCUACGCCGAGUUCUACGACAACUGGUACUUCCUCCUGUGUGCAUCCACCCUGGAGUUCUUCGUGCCACUGCUCCUGGUGAUCUACUUCAAUAUGCACAUCUUCCACAGCAUCCAGAGGCGCCAGCGGCAAGGCAGUGUGCAGGACUGUGAGCCUCCAAGGAGCAGCAGCCUGUCCUGGAGAUUUUGCCCUUUGCCAAGGUCAGGGGCAUCUUCUCCUUCCUCGGAAGUAGAGGACAGUGUUUCUUCUUCCAUGAGACCAAAGAAAGAGUCUUUGGUAACCGACUGCUCAUCUCCAUCAAGAGGGAAUUCUGUUAUUCCAGAAAAUGAAUUUUCUGUUUCCCUCUGUUCAAAGACUAGGUCAAAACUGCAGCAGGACAAGAAAAUCGCGAAGUCACUUGCCAUAAUUGUCUGUGUGUUUGCCAUUUGCUGGGCCCCAUACUCUUUACUGAUGAUUGUUCGCGGGGCCUGCCAGGGAACUUGUGUCCAUAAUGCCCUGUAUGAAGCAACUUUUUGGCUUUUAUGGAUCAAUUCCUCUCUGAAUCCAUUUCUCUACCCUCUAUGUCAUGUUAAAUUUCGAAUGGCUUUUCUGAAAAUAUUAAGUCCCAAAAAGUUUGCCACAUUGAGAUCAGGAUCCUUUUAGAAGGAAAAAAGAAAAAGAAGAGCUGGAUGAGGAAUGUAA